AAUUGGUGAAGUAAACAAAGUUGAUCGAUCAGUUGAUCGAUUAAAAACAUGUCCAUUAUUAUUGCGUGUUUUUUGUAGUAAAAAUCGUCACCAUUUAGCUAGGGAAUAUGAACAUGAACAUACGCCAGAAAAUGAACUUCAAAUUUAUACAUGGAUGGAUGCAACAUUAGGAGAAUUAACAAAAUUAAUUAAAGAAGUUAAUCCCGAUGCACGUCGUCGUGGUACACAAUUUUCAUUUUCAAUUGUUUCAGCUGAUGAUGCACAUAAUCGUUAUUAUCUUUCGGAUAUUGGAAAAACUGAAAAUAGUCCACGAAGUUCUGAUGAUAAA